UCACUCUCUAAGCUCUCAGCCAUGGCCGCCGAGAAGCUCAGAGAUUUGAGCCAGCCGAUUGAUGUGCCCUUGCUUGACGCCACCGUCGCCGCCUUCUAUGGCACCGGAUCUAAAGAAGAGAGAAGUGCUGCUGAUCAGAUUUUGCGCGACUUGCAAAACAAUCCCGAUAUGUGGCUUCAAGUAAUGCAUAUUUUGCAGAACACUCAAAAUCUCAACACAAAGUUCUUCGCCUUGCAGGUUCUAGAAGGUGUAAUUAAGUAUAGAUGGAAUGCACUACCUGUCGAGCAGCGAGACGGAAUGAAAAAUUUCAUCUCUGAUGUUAUUGUACAGCUUUCUAGCAAUGAUGCAUCAUUUCGGACUGAAAGGUUGUAUGUCAACAAACUCAAUAUCAUAUUAGUCCAGAUUUUGAAGCACGAUUGGCCAACAAGAUGGGAGAAGUUUAUUCCUGACCUUGUCGCAGCGGCAAAAACUAGUGAAACAAUUUGUGAGAAUUGUAUGGCUAUAUUGAAACUUUUGAGUGAAGAGGUUUUUGAUUUUUCAAGAGGAGAGAUGACUCAGCAGAAGAUUAAGGAGCUUAAGCAAUCAUUGAACAGUGAAUUUCAACUCAUACAUGAGUUAUGCUUAUAUGUGUUAUCAGCAUCGCAGAGGACUGAGCUCAUACGUGCCACUCUCUCUACUUUGCAUGCCUUCUUAUCCUGGAUUCCCCUGGGUUAUAUAUUUGAAUCAACAUUGCUUGAGACACUCCUUAAGUUUUUCCCAAUUACAGCAUAUAGGAAUUUGACAUUGCAAUGUUUGACAGAGGUAGCAUCCCUUCAAUUUGGAAAUUACUAUGAUGUGCAGUAUGUGAAGAUGUAUAGUAUAUUUGUGGUCCAAUUGCAGGGCAUACUUCCACUUACUACAAAUAUACCUGAGGCAUAUGCACAUGGCUCAAGUGAGGAACAAGCAUUUAUUCAAAAUUUGGCACUGUUCUUCACAUCAUUCUUCAAGGUUCACAUUCGCAUCCUUGAAACCACCCAAGAGAACAUAUCUGCUUUACUGCUGGGCCUAGAGUAUCUUAUCAACAUUUCAUAUGUGGACGAUACCGAGGUCUUUAAGGUCUGUCUGGACUACUGGAAUUGCUUGGUAUCGGAGCUGUUUGAGCCUCACCGUAGUUUGGAUAAUCCUGCUGCUUCUGCAAAUCUGAUGGGACUUCAGGUUCCAUCAAUGCACCCUGGUAUGGUUGAUGGGCAUGGUUCGCAGCUUCUUCAGCGGCGUCAGCUUUAUGCUGGCCCCAUGUCAAAGUUGAGAUUGCUUAUGAUAUGCCGUAUGGCAAAGCCUGAAGAAGUUCUCAUAGUUGAAGAUGAAAAUGGGAAUAUAGUUCGAGAAACCUUGAAGGACAAUGAUGUUCUUGUUCAAUAUAAGAUUAUGAGGGAGACUCUUAUUUACUUAUCACAUCUUGACCAUGACGAUACUGAAAAACAGAUGCUGAGGAAAUUAAGUAAACAAUUGAGUGGUGAGGAUUGGUCGUGGAACAAUUUGAACACAUUGUGUUGGGCAAUAGGAUCUAUAUCUGGUUCCAUGAUGGAGGAACAGGAAAACAGAUUUUUGGUUAUGGUCAUUCGUGAUUUAUUGAAUCUAUGUGAAAUCACAAAGGGAAAAGAUAACAAAGCUGUUAUUGCAAGUAAUAUCAUGUAUGUUGUCGGGCAAUAUCCACGAUUUCUAAGAGCUCAUUGGAAGUUCCUUAAAACUGUUGUUAAUAAAUUGUUUGAGUUUAUGCAUGAGACUCACCCUGGAGUUCAGGAUAUGGCCUGUGAUACAUUCCUGAAAAUUGUCCAGAAGUGCAAGCGUAAAUUUGUGAUCACCCAGGUUGGGGAAAAUGAGCCAUUUGUAUCCGAACUGUUAUCAGGCCUUGCAACCACAAUUGCAGAUCUAGAGAAUCUGUAUGUCUUCGAUCUUAAGUUCAUUUUUAUUUAGUUAGUCGGUCACAUGAUUCAAGCAGAGUCUGAUACACAUAAGAGAGAUGAAUAUCUUCAACGAUUGAUGGAACUCCCAAAUCAUAAAUGGAUGGAAAUUAUAGGGCAGGCACAUCAAAAUGUGGACUUCUUGAAGGAUCAAGAUGUAAUCCGUACCGUGCUUAAUAUAUUGCAGACGAAUACAAGUGUUGCAUCUUCUUUAGGGACAUAUUUUCUCCCCCAAAUUACAUUGAUAUUUUUGGACAUGCUGAAUGUAUACAGGAUGUACAGUGAGCUUAUUUCUAAAAGUAUUUCAGAAGGAGGUCCAUUUGCAUCAAGAACAUCUUAUGUGAAACUAUUACGUUCGGUUAAGAGGGAGACACUUAAGCUUAUUGAGACAUUCUUGGAUAAGGCUGAAGAUCAACCACAAAUCGGGAAACAAUUUGUGCCACCAAUGAUGGAUCCUGUUCUUGGAGAUUAUGCUAGGAAUGUUCCUGAUGCAAGAGAAUCGGAGGUUUUGUCCCUUUUUGCCACAAUUGUAAACAAGUAUAAAGCUGCAAUGAUUGAUGAUGUACCUCGCAUAUUUGAAGCUGUUUUCCAGUGCACACUUGAGAUGAUUACUAAAAACUUUGAAGAUUACCCAGAGCAUCGGCUCAAGUUCUUCUCAUUGCUUCGUGCCAUAGCUACUCAUUGUUUUCCUGCAUUAAUCCACCUAUCAAGUCAGCAACUGAAGCUUGUCAUGGAUUCGAUUAUAUGGGCUUUCCGGCAUACUGAAAGGAAUAUUGCUGAAACUGGGUUGAACUUGUUAUUGGAGAUGCUGAAGAAGUUUCAGGGCUCAGAGUUCUGUAAUCAGUUUUAUCGGACCUACUUUUUGACAAUUGAGCAAGAGAUAUUUGCCGUCUUGACAGACACCUUCCAUAAGCCAGGGUUCAAAUUACAUGUGUUGGUGCUUCAGCAUUUGUUCUGUCUGCUGGAAACGGGGGUUAUUACCGAGCCUCUUUGGGAUGCUGCAACAAAUCCCUUGCCAUACUCGAGUAAUGCAGUAUUUGUACGUGAGUUUACUAUAAAACUUCUAAGCACUUCAUUUCCCAACAUGACAUCAGCAGAGGUUACGCAAUUUGUAACUGGACUCUUUGAGUCUACAAAGGAUCUUUCAACAUUUAAGACUCACAUACGAGACUUUCUUGUACAGUCAAAGGAAUUUUCAGCUCAGGAUAACAAGGAUCUGUAUGCUGAAGAGGCUGCAGCUCAGAGAGAGAGAGAGCGACAAAGAAUGCUUUCUAUUCCGGGGCUUAUUGCCCCGAGCGAAUUGCAAGAUGAAAUGGUGGAUUCAUAGAUAGGCUAAACAGCGGGGAGUUAACUCCAUGGUCACCUUAACUUGUUCAGCAGAUGCAUUGGUUUUACCAGAGUACAAGAUACUGAGAAAUGAUGCAGCCUUUUUCCUCCAAUUUUAGUUUUUUUCCCCACGUCCCAAUGCUUAAUGUUUGGGGCUGGUUUGGCAAAGGUUUCUCUGGUUGUCGGAGUUUUGGCUAGCUGGCUGGGUGGGGAUACUAUUGCCAUGUCAUUUGGGUGAGUGUAGAGUAUUUAGUUGCUAAUUGAGGUUGAUGAUUAAGGGAUUCAGUGAAAAAUUCAUCAUUUAUAUAUAGAAUCUCAGGAUGGAAAGAAGACUAUGACUCCUUAGGUGUGCUAACCUCUGGCGGUUUGUGCAGAAACCCCUUGUGGUUUGAUAUUUUGUAUUUUUUCACCAAUUAAUUCUUAGGGAUAUUGAUGGACCAUGAGUGCUCUGCUCUUAAUAUAUGGUUUCAUGAUACUAUUAUUGUGUUAUAA